ACACUCACUCAAAUUUAAAUCGCAACUUUCGUCAGUUUUUGUGUGUUUUCUUCUACACAUAGACACUUUGCUCAAUCAAACACACUCUCUGUUCUGUUUUUCUCAAACUUGUUUAAGUUCGAUGACUAUGGAAGUGUCGAAAAAGAAAGGUGGAGAUUUUCAGCAAUGUCACGAAUUGAUUCCCGGUUUACCUUCCGAACUAGCUUUGGAGUGUUUGGUCAGAGUUCCGUUCCAAUUCCAAUCCGCCAUGAGAUCCGUUUGCCGUUCUUGGCGUAGCUUACUCUCCGACUCUUCUUUUAUCCAAGAACGGCGGAGAUGCGGCAAAACAGAGCUUCUCCUCUGCCUCGUUCAACCGCUAACGCCGCCAAUUCCAGCGUCUAAAUCGGUUGACGAGACAUUAAUGGUUGACGAGAAAAAAUCAGAGGAUGAGUCACACCCGCGCGUUUUCUGCACGCCGCGUUUUGGAUUGAGCGUUUACAACGCUGCGAUGUCCACGUGGCAUCGCGUUGCGUUUCCAGAGGAGGAGCAGAUCCCGCUUUUCUGCGAGUGCGUCGUGCUUCAGGACGCCGGGAAGAUUCUGCUCAUCGGCGGUUGGGAUCCGGAGACGUUACAGCCGACGAGAGACGUUUACGUUCUGGAAUUCGCCGGAAGGAAGUGGAGACGAGGUGCGCCAAUGAAGGAAUCACGAUCAUUCUUCGCCUGCGCCUCCGUAAGUCCAACGAAGGUAUACGUCGCCGGAGGUCACGACGAUCAGAAAAACGCUUUACGCUCGGCGGAGGUGUACGACGUCGAGAAAGACGAGUGGUCGUCGGUUACUCCGAUGACGGAAGGAAGAGACGAAUGUCAAGGAUUCGCCGUUGGUAUGGGUCUAAGGUUUUGCGUGCUGAGCGGUUACGGAACGGAAUCUCAAGGAAGAUUCCGAUCUGACGGAGAAAUUUACGAUCCAGCGACAGAUUCAUGGUCGAGAAUCGACAACGUCUGGCGAUUUCCAGAUACUAGCCCGAGAGGUCGCACCGCCGGAGACUUUAGAAGCUCCUCUACGUUAUGGUGUUUCACAGACACUGAUUUACAGAGUGAACGUCGAUGGGAAACUAACGAUGAUUCGAGAAAUUUGAAACUGGAUCUUCAAUCUAUACAGCUUCCGAUGACAGGAAGCUCAGUUUUCGCCGGAAGCUUAGGAGGUGAAUCGGUGGUAAUGAUUGGCGGUAAAAGAGAGAGUGAAGGUGAAGGUGAAGGAGGAGUGAUGAUGAAGAUGACGACUGAGAAGAAAAUGGGAAAAUGGAGUCAUCAUGUUCAUAUACCUUGUGAUUUCUCUACUCUUCCAUUUUCGCAUGCUUCAAUCUAUGUUUGAAAAUCCCAAAAGAUUUUAUAGUACAACAUUGUGUUCUGAUCUGAUGUAAUAUACACCAACACAUAUAAAAAACAAAGAACUGGUUAACAAAAGG